AUGAAGCUCCAGUUCGAAAGGGAAGACAAGCCCGGUAAAAACCAGAGCUUGAGCUCCAGCCUCAAUAUCGAGGUUACCUGCGAGGAGUGCUACAUUAGGGGGGCUGCCACCGGCUCGUUCACUGUCAACGGCAACUUCACCGACGUCUUCCGGAACCACACUCUCGAGAUCGGGAGAGAAAUCGAAAACGUGACCAAGGCAGCCGCCGACCAGCUCACGGAUGCCAUCAAAGGUAGCGGAGAGGCCAUCGUAAACGAAUUCAAAGAGCUGAUAUACGAAGGAGAUACCGACUUCACCGAUAUAGAUUGGCCAACCCUGGACCUGGACUUUGACGUCGAUCUCGCUCCUCUACCAGAGGUCAAAAUCGGGUUCUUGUUCGAGGACGACUUCGAGCUGUAUCUGAAGCUCAACACAAAGAUAAGCGCAGCGUCGACAUAUGAGUUGAACCUCUUUUCUUCUAAGGAUCCGAGUUUUGGCUUCUCCGAGGGAGAUGAUAUCACAGCGGGCCUUGCGGUUGUCAUUGAUCUGAUCAUCGAGCUUGACGCCGAGGUUGACAUCAGCAGCGGCUUUCAUAUGAAGAAUAUGAAGUUUGACAAGGGCGUGGGUGCUGAACUUGUCAUGUUCAGCCGCAACAUUUCGGACUUCAACUUCCACGGAGGAAAGUUUGAGUUCCUGCCAGUCACCCUGUCUUCUCCAACAGCUACUAUCAAGGCGGUGUUGAGAGUCGCGCUGAAGGCUGGACUGGAGUUCAAGCAGGUGACGAAGCAACUCCCAAAGGUGAAAACGAAGGACGACAAGCCGCUAUUUGGUGCUGGAGUGGUUGCUGAAGUUGUUGCCCAUGUGGCCGAGUUCUCGAUAUCUGUUACAGGGCCUACGAUAUCCACAGGUGACGAGAACUCGGGCCCUGAGAAGGCUGCCCGUCGAAACGAAGUGGAAUCGGCCGGUGCCGUGCACCCUGACAGUUCGUCAUUCCACGAACUUGCAGUUCGAAAAGACGGGGAUGACGAAGAAGAGGAAGAGUGCAAGCUCAAGGCUGAAGCGUUCUAUACCUUUGCUCUUGCGGUCGCCGCGGGUGCCACCAUCGAAGCGCUAGGCAACACCUGGGGUCCUAGUCCUAAUUCUUCUAUCCCCGUUUUCCAUACCAAGAUAGGCGGCUUCUGCGCUACCCUGACCACGCCCACGGCGACAGUCACGGCCACAACCACAGCGGGCCUGGAGGAACGCGGAUCCCCCAGACUCAACUGGCUUCCUCGCAUGACUCCGCCACCAUUACUUAACCGUUUCUUGGGCCGUCGGGAAGAAGAACUGGUCACUACCACCAUUUCGUCCACGGCAACCUUCUUUGGGCAGAUUUGCAAGUCUCCAGGACUGGUCAACUGCCCGGUCUCGCUGCAGGAAAGCACAACAAUGAAAUCUGUUAUCACACUCGUUACCGUUUUGCCAGCCGGCGUUUCUCCGGUCUUCCCUGCUACCCAGAUGGACUCGGUGUCCUCGAUUCCAGAGUUUGGAACUAACGUUCAUAACAUGAUUUCAUCCGUCAGCGGGCCUCCGACCUCAUAUAACCCAUCUGCUACAGACGACGGCUUCUUGCCCAGCGCCAGUGAAGCCAUUCAAGACGUCAAGGACUUCCUCGACAAGGACACAAAUGGUGUCAGCAAUAGGGUUAUUCUUGGUGUCUCGUUGGGAUUGGGAAUACCGGUGUUGAUCGGUGUUAUUGCCGGCUUGGUGCACUUGAUCCGGCGCAAGCGGUACUCACCAGUACCAUCAAGAGCUCCUGUCAGAGAUGAAAGGGGCGAGCUGCCAGGCCCAAUGCCACACACUGCAUCCUGA